UUCAAAUUGAAAAUCUGAGCGUCAAAACGAGAAAAUUGAAAUUUUAAAGAAAAAAAAAAAAGAAUACAAUAAUACGCGGUCACAGAUAGAGAGAGCUCUGUGUAUAGAAGGGAAAUCAAAAAUUCAAACGCUACAGAUUCUUUCUGUUUCUUUCUACAUCUGCCUGCAUUUGGGCGCUCCUCACUUCCCCGGCGUUGCAAUCGCCGACUAGGGUUUUUCUUCAGAUCUCCGGCGGUUACUCUAUUUCCGCCGCUCAUGGACUCAGAUUCUUCUAAAUCGCGGAUUGAUCAGUUUUAUGUAUCGAAGAAGAGGAAACACCAGUCACCAAAUUUAAAGUCUGGGAGGAAUGAGAAAAAUGUGAAGGUGACAGGGGAAAGAUCUCCUGGAGACAAAGGCACUUUGGACAGUUACUUGAAAGCCUCUCUGGAUGACAAGAGUACUACCAAUAGUGGGUUGCAGGCAAGGCAGGAAGCGUUUACAAGAAAAUUGGAUUUGGAGGUUUCUGCUUCGUCUGUUGGUCAAAAUAUACACCCUUGCCUGCCUAAACCUGUAAGUUUUGCAACUUUUAAGGAGUGUUUGGGCCAGAACGGAUCUCAAGAUUUGCAUAAAGAAGGUGUUGCAGCUGAAACUCAUGCUACAGAUGGUUUACUCUGUGCUAACCAGAAAGAUAAUUCAGAACUACGAGACUUUGCCACUAGUUUCUUGUCCUUGUAUUGUAGUGGAGUGCAGUCUGUUGUUGGCUCACCUCCACAUCAGAAGGAAAAUGAAUUGAAGCGUCGAAGCAGUUCAUCAUCACUUGCCCAAGAUAUACAAAUUUCUCACAAGAGGCGUUGUGAGUCCGAAAAUAUACCAUCACUAGAUGAUCUUACAAAUCCUCUCGGGAGUAAGCCUGAAUCACUCGCUAGGAAUGGUAAUAAUAGAGAUAAACCUGUUUCAGACCCUACAAAGAAGAUGCCGAGCAAUGAAUCUGUUGAAAUUCCAAUGGGCUUGAGGAAGUGUAGUAAGGCGCCAGAAUCAUCUGCUCAUCUAACUGAAUUCCACACGCCUGGAUCAGCCAUUAAAUCAUGUCCUGUUGGAACCCCUAAGUCAGGAUGUGGUAGCUCAAUGUUCUCACCUGGUGAGGCUUUCUGGAAUGAAGCAAUUCAAGUUGCUGAUGGUUUGACAAUUCCAAUUGAAAAUUUUGGUUCUGUAGAAGCUAAAGUUAGAGAUCAACAUGUAACUAUUCUUUCAUGCAGCAAGAAAACAGAUAAAUGCACUGAAAAGUUAGAGAGGAGUUUAGAUUUAGAUGAAAUCAGAGUAAAGGAUAAAGAUGCCAUUGGUUUUUCAAAGGUAGUGGAGAAGCAUGGGAGAGAUUUUAAUAAAGAAGUAUAUCAGCUUCCUGUCAAGAAUCUUGAACUUUUGUUUCAAGAUAAGAACAUUAAUGGAGGUAUUCAAGAGCGAUGUGCUUCAUUUGAUCAAAAUAACAUUACUCUAGGAAGCAGUAGGAUCUCUGAAUCUGCUUUCGUCGGUAAUAAAGGAUGUGAAAAUCUUGAUAUUGCAAAUAAUGCUCAGGCAGAUAAAGGUUUGAUAGGCAAGAUGUAUCCAGAACCCGAAGGAAAGAAAGUUUUACUGUGUGAGGAAAAUCGUGGUGUAAGAUCUGUUUCUAUGAUAAGCAACAUGAGGAAACCAGUUGGUUCUAGUGAAUCCGAAGAAAGUCAUACUCCUUCAAGCUCUCAUCGUAAUUACGAUGGCUUGAGUCUCAGCACUUGGCUUCCCUCAGAAGUUUGCAGUGUAUACAAUAAGAAAGGAAUAUCUAAACUCUAUCCUUGGCAGGUCGAGUGUCUUCAGGUAGAUGGUGUUUUGCAGAAAAGGAAUCUAGUAUAUUGUGCUUCUACAAGUGCUGGUAAAAGUUUUGUUGCAGAAGUCUUGAUGCUGCGCCGGGUCAUAAGAACUGGAAAAAUGGCAUUGCUUGUACUACCUUAUGUAUCCAUUUGUGCCGAGAAGGCGGAACACCUUGAGGUCCUUCUUGAACCACUUGGUAAGCAUGUUCGUAGUUACUAUGGAAAUCAGGGUGGUGGAACACUUCCUAAAGACACUUCUGUGGCUGUCUGCACGAUUGAGAAGGCAAACUCUUUGAUAAAUCGCUUGCUUGAAGAGGGUCGUUUGUCAGAACUUGGAAUAAUAGUUAUAGAUGAGCUACAUAUGGUGGGUGACCAACAUAGGGGUUAUCUUCUGGAACUUAUGUUGACGAAACUUCGUUAUGCUGCUGGUGAAGGCAGUUCAGAAUCAAGUAGUGGUGAGAGUUCAGGGACUAGCAGUGGCAAAGCUGAUCCUGCUCAUGGCCUACAAAUUGUGGGUAUGAGUGCUACAAUGCCAAAUGUUGGCGCAGUUGCUGACUGGCUUCAAGCAGCUUUAUAUCAGACAGAGUUUCGACCAGUUCCCCUGGAGGAGUAUAUUAAAGUAGGUAGCACCAUUUACAAUAAAAAGAUGGAAGUUGUGAGGACUAUACCAAAAGCUGCUGAUAUGGGAGGGAAAGACCCGGACCAUAUAGUUGAGCUUUGUAACGAGGUUGUUCAAGAGGGCAAUUCAGUGCUGAUAUUUUGCUCGAGUCGAAAAGGAUGUGAAUCAACUGCUAGGCAUAUUUCAAAGCUCAUUAAAAAUGUUCCCGUAAACGUUGAUGGUGAAAAUAGUGAGUUUAUGGAUAUCAGAUCUGCUAUUGAUGCCCUGCGAAGGUCUCCGUCUGGAGUAGAUCCUGUACUAGAAGAAACUCUUCCCUCUGGGGUUGCCUAUCACCAUGCUGGUCUUACAGUAGAAGAAAGAGAGAUAGUUGAGACCUGUUACCGUAAGGGUCUUGUACGUGUCUUAACAGCUACAUCCACUUUGGCGGCUGGGGUUAACCUGCCUGCAAGGAGGGUUAUUUUUCGACAACCAAUGAUUGGCCGUGAUUUUAUUGAUGGAACAAGGUACAAGCAAAUGUCUGGUCGAGCUGGGCGAACUGGGAUUGAUACAAAAGGAGAUAGUGUUUUGAUUUGCAAACCUGGAGAACUCAAGCGAAUAAUGGCACUUCUUAAUGAAACCUGCCCACCAUUGCAGUCUUGUUUAUCUGAGGAUAAAAAUGGAAUGACUCAUGCAAUACUAGAAGUUGUGGCAGGUGGAAUUGUUCAGACUGCCAAAGAUAUUCAUCGCUAUGUUAGGUGUACACUUCUGAAUUCUACAAAGCCCUUUCAAGAUGUGGUCAAAUCAGCUCAGGAUUCUCUUCGGUGGCUGUGCCACAGGAAAUUUCUUGAGUGGAAUGAAGAGACAAAGUUAUACACUACAACACCCCUUGGACGUGGAUCUUUUGGCAGUUCACUCUGCCCAGAGGAGUCACUUAUAGUGCUGGAUGAUCUUCUACGAGCACGUGAAGGACUAGUUAUGGCUUCUGAUUUGCAUCUGGUCUACUUAGUCACACCAAUUAAUGUUGGUGUUGAGCCAAACUGGGAAUUGUAUUAUGAACGGUUCAUGGAACUGUCUCCUUUAGAGCAGUCUGUUGGCAAUAGAGUUGGAGUGGUCGAACCUUUCCUGAUGCGCAUGGCACAUGGUGCAACAGUUCGCACUCUAAACAGACCACAGGAUGUAAAAAAAAAUUUGCGUGGAGAAUAUGACAGUCGGCAUGGUUCGACAAGCAUGAAGAUGCUUUCAGAUGAACAAAUGCUUCGAGUGUGCAAAAGAUUUUUUGUUGCUCUCAUCUUGUCAAAAUUAGUUCAGGAAGCUUCUGUGACUGAGGUCUGUGAAGCCUUUAAAGUGGCUAGAGGUAUGGUUCAAGCGCUACAGGAGAACGCUGGAAGGUUUUCUUCCAUGGUUUCGGUAUUCUGUGAGAGGCUUGGAUGGCAUGAUUUGGAAGGAUUAGUUGCCAAGUUCCAGAACCGUGUUUCAUUUGGUGUCAGGGCUGAGAUUGUUGAACUUACUAGCAUUCCAUAUAUAAAGGGUUCAAGAGCUAGAGCGCUGUAUAAAGCUGGCUUGCGUACAUCUCAGGCGAUAGCUGAAGCGUCCAUCCCUGAAAUUGUCAAAGCUCUUUUUGAAUCUUCAGCGUGGGCUGCAGAAGGUACUGGACAAAGAAGGAUACACUUGGGAUUAGCCAAGAAAAUCAAGAAUGGGGCUCGCAAAAUUGUUCUUGAGAAAGCAGAAGAGGCGAGGGCUGCUGCAUUUUCUGCUUUUAAGUCACUUGGUUUGGAUGUUAAUGAGCUUUCAAAGCCCUUGCCGUUGGCUCCUGCUAGUAGUCUCAAUGGACAAGAAACUACUGAAAGAGACAUUUCCAGAGGCUCUGUUGGUCCCGAUGGAUUACAACAAAGCAUAGAGGGGCACAUGGAAUGUGAAAACUUUGAUAUGGAUAAUCACAGAGAAAAGCCAAGUGAAGUAUUAGGUGAUGCUACCUUAGGGGUUUCAUCAGAAAUUAACUUGACCAGUCGUCUUCCUAAUUUUAGACCUAUAGGAACUGCAGUCGGCACUAAUGGGCCUAGUGCUGUUAGUAUUCUUUCCAGUGAUACUUUCCCUAUCCCUGUUUACGAUAACAGAGAGAUAAAACCUAAGGACAAUGUUGAGCAGCAUUUGACUAGGAAUGACCAUAUUCCUCUGAGUAGUAAUAAGGAUGGUACAGGUGAAAAGGGUCCAGUAACUGCAGGAAAUAUUAGUGGCGGAUUUGAUUCUUUCUUGGAACUUUGGGGAUCUGCUGGCGAAUUUUUCUUCGAUCUUCACUAUAAUAAACUACAAGAUUUGAAUUCACGCAUCUCUUAUGAGAUACAUGGAAUUGCUAUCUGCUGGAAUUGCUCCCCUGUAUACUAUGUCAAUCUUAAUAAGGAUCUUCCCAACCUGGAAUGUGUAGAAAAACAAAAGCUUAUCGAGGAUGCAGUUAUUGGCAAGAGUGAGGUUCUGGCUUCUCACAACAUGUUGGAUGUUAUAAAGUCUAGGUGGAACAAAAUCAGUAAAAUUAUGGGGAAUGUAAAUACGAGAAAGUUCACGUGGAAUUUGAAAGUCCAGAUUCAGGUGCUUAAGAGUCCCGCCAUUUCAAUCCAAAGAUGCACUCGCUUGAAUCUUCCAGAAGGGAUCAGGGAUGAGUUGGUCGAUGGAUCUUGGUUAAUGAUGCCUCCUCUUCACACAAGCCACACCAUUGACAUGAGCAUUGUGAUAUGGAUUCUUUGGCCAGAUGAGGAAAGACACUCAAAUCCAAACAUCGAUAAGGAAGUAAAGAAAAGGCUAUCCCCAGAGGCAGCUGAAGCUGCUAAUCGCAGUGGCAGGUGGAGGAAUCAGAUCCGAAGGGUUGCCCACAAUGGUUGCUGCAGAAGGGUUGCUCAAACGAGAGCCCUUUGUUCAGCACUUUGGAAGAUCCUUGUUUCCGAAGAACUUCUUCAAGCACUGACAACCAUUGAAAUGCCGCUGGUUAAUGUCCUUGCAGACAUGGAGCUUUGGGGUAUAGGUAUCGAUAUAGAAGGAUGCCUUAGGGCACGGAAUAUAUUGCGGGAUAAACUGCGGUCCCUUGAGAAGAAAGCAUUUGAAUUGGCUGGCAUGACAUUUUCAUUGCACAACCCAGCUGAUAUUGCAAAUGUGUUGUUUGGACAGUUGAAGUUGCCCAUACCUGAAAACCAAUCUAAAGGGAAACUUCAUCCAAGUACUGAUAAGCAUUGCUUGGAUCUUUUAAGGAAUGAGCAUCCUGUUGUCCCAAUUAUCAAAGAACACCGCACUUUGGCAAAGCUCUUAAAUUGUACACUUGGAUCAAUUUGUUCGCUUGCUAAACUACGCUUGAGCACGCAAAGGUACACUUUGCAUGGCCGCUGGCUUCAAACAUCAACAGCAACUGGGCGGCUUUCCAUAGAAGAGCCUAAUCUCCAAUCUGUUGAGCAUGAAGUAGAGUUCAAAUUGGAUAAAAAUGGAAGGGACGUAAGUUCAGAUGCUGAUCGUUACAAAAUAAAUGCACGUGAUUUCUUUGUUCCUACUCAGGAAAAUUGGUUACUCUUGACGGCAGAUUAUUCACAGAUAGAGUUGCGACUUAUGGCACACUUUUCUAGAGAUUCCUCGUUGAUUUCAAAGCUUAGUCAGCCAGAAGGCGAUGUCUUUACGAUGAUAGCUGCAAAAUGGACUGGAAAAGCCGAGGAUUCUGUUAGUCCACAUGAUAGAGAUCAGACCAAAAGAUUGAUCUACGGAAUUCUUUAUGGAAUGGGUGCAAACAGACUCGCAGAACAGCUUGAGUGCACCUCAGAUGAAGCUAAGGAGAAAAUUCGAAGCUUUAAAAGUUCUUUCCCUGCAGUCACCUCUUGGCUAAACGAAACGAUUUCAUUCUGCCAGGAAAAAGGAUACAUUCAGACUCUCAAGGGAAGAAGGCGGUUCUUGUCGAAAAUAAAAUUUGGGAAUGCCAAAGAGAAAUCGAAGGCUCAAAGGCAAGCUGUAAAUUCCAUGUGCCAGGGAUCUGCUGCUGAUAUUAUCAAGAUUGCGAUGAUAAACAUAUAUUCUGCAAUUGCUGAAGAUGUUGAUACCGCAGCAUCUAGUUCUUCAAGUGAAACUAGAUUUCACAUGUUGAAGGGACGAUGCCGAAUUCUUCUACAAGUACAUGAUGAACUUGUGCUGGAAGUUGAUCCUUCUUACGUAAAACUAGCUGCAAUGUUGCUACAAACCAGCAUGGAAAAUGCGGUGUCACUUCUUGUCCCUCUUCAUGUGAAACUGAAAGUUGGGAAAACAUGGGGUUCUUUAGAGCCGUUUCAGACUGAUUAAGACAUGAGCAAAAUUGCAAUAAGUCUUGAAAUCUCAAUAGAAGAGCCUUGGAUGGUCUUGAGCAACUCGCUCACAAAAAUGUUCCAACAUCCAAUGGCUGGACUUGAUAGUUGAUACCAUGCUGCUUUGUCUUCAUGAAGUGAUGAAGAGAAAUGAUUUCACCGGUUACAUUGACAUUCCUUAGAUAUGGAGAUGGAUCUGAAUGGAUCAUUCCAAAGGGAUUUGCUCCUGCUGUGUUCUCUCAGAGGAGGCUCUCAACUUAUCAGCCCGAAAGAGAGUCAAUGUAAAGGUAAAAGGUCUAACCAAAAAUAGGUAACUUCAAUAGCUACUUUAGACAGUGACUAUUAUUAACAUGACCAAAAUCAUAGAAAGAUUAGGCAAAAAGUAACUUGAGGAUUUGAUUGUAAAAGUUUAAUGUCAACUUUUUUUCUAUAUGUACUCAUGGUUCCAAAAGAGUAAGUAUAUAUACAUUAGUUAAUCCUGUACUCCCUCAGAUAAUACAUACAUUUUAA